GAUGUCAACUUGAAUUAAUAAUAAGUAAAUAUAUCAAUAGUACAUGCAAAUUAUCUACUACACAACUACAACUACAUAGAUACGUAUGUAGUGCAUACUUCGAGCCCUUGCUCCGUCAUCUAGAUAUAUUUUGUAUUUCAUAACCGAUUGAUUAUACGUACAGGCUCAAAGUUAUGAAAAUACAUAUCUACUUGUUCCGCUGUACAUAAACAACCUCUGACGGAAUAUCCAUCCCAAAAUUUUAUUUAUUUCAAUUCUGCUGCUGCAUUUCAGAUGUAUUCAUAACCAACAAAAUGGUAUUUUGGAUCCCCAAAGUGCAAGAAAUUAAUGAAAUUUAUAAAGAAAUUACAACUCCCCCACCCAGAUGUAUUUAAUGCUCUCAAACGGUACGUUUUUGUCUACGAGAGUCUCUAUGCCCAAUUUAUCACUUGGGAUAGGCAAACUUGGAAACCACUACCAACGCCAAGGGCUAAAUUAACCUUCUGGUUCGUAACAUCGACAGUUGUCACCAUAUUGUUAUUUUUCUUUAUAUUUUUCUCCAUUCGUGAGCUCAUCGCUUAUCAGAAAGACCCCAAUAUUUCAUCAACACACGUUCUGUUACUGGCGUUGUACAUCUGCUUGCAAGUCUUGGCUCUCGCUGCGGUUUUUACCUACAUUCUAAAGGUGGAUGAAAUUUGUUUUCUAAUUGGAAAUAUUGAAACACUUACUGAAUUCUUAGAACCAAAAGGACAAGAACUUCCAGAAACCUCUGCACUCUUUCUCGGAAUUUUCCUUCACAUCAUGAUUCCUAUUCCGUUAGGAGCAUCACUUUCUGCCGGAUCAGUGCCCGCCUUCCUGAACGAUAUCGACCCAACGUAUUUCCUGUUCCGAACUCUUCGCUGUAUUCCUCAACGGGCAAAUAUACGAGUACUUUUAGGUGCAAUUACCAUCUUACACAGCUGUAACCUAGUUAUGAGUUUUAUUGUGUACCUCGUAAAUGCAACGCUGCCUAUUCUGUGCUGUUUGAAAUUUAUGACGAACCAAAGUCUUGACAUAAUGCACCAAUCUUGUAGAACAUCUCAGUUCGUUCACCAUUUUCGAAAAUAUCGUCAAUUGCAAAUUUUGAUACGGGUAGAAAACCAAGUAUUAUCGUAUGUUUUGUCAUUAGCGUUAGUGGGUGGGUUAUUAUCUUGCUGUGCGGCAGGAUAUUUGUUGGUUAAGUUGAGUACAAAAGUUCCCCUCCCGUUGACGCUCCUUGCUGCAUGCUUCUUUCUGAUAAUUAUUGCCUCGGCUCAUUUUUUGUUCCCAAUAGCUUCAAACAUUUGCAUGACAUCGAGGUCAUUCCUCCGUUUAUGGAAACUUCAGAAGAUGUCGACAUAUAGAAGGAACCAGUUGAGGAGCUGCACUUUGCUAAGAAUUUCGGUGGGUCGUUACUUCUUCAUUGAGAGGGAAGCUAGGACAACCUUUAUAUCUUUGUUAUUAUAUUAUACUGUAACACUGGUCAUUUCCGUGUAAUUAGACCUUUGUGCCCCAUUGUAUAUUUCAGAUGUUCAUACAAAUGCAUACCUUACUUUAUAGAAAAGAACAGGACGAAAAGUAUCACCAUUCACUAAUAUGCAAAAUAAAUUAUCAAAGGAAAGGUUUAUAACUUUAGAGUAUAAAGGGUGCAUACACAUAAGACUCAAUGCUUUGGGGGUGAUAAUUAAUUAAAACGCCUACAUAUUUAUACAUGUGUCACAUGUCGUAUCACACACAUUUUUAGCCCAGCACCUCAACAAGAAAUGGGUUUGCUGAUGACAUUGCCCAAAGAAGUGUACAAUGCAGCAUGGUUAGAGUUUCGUGAAUUUGAGAAGUUUUUUAAGGUACACCGUUCCUCGAAAUGUAUUUAUAUACCUAAUGAGAAUUACUGAUUAAAACCCUACUUAUGCUUACUAAUUACGUAUUAUUUGAAUUCGAGUUACGAUAAAUGAAGUGAUUGCAACAAUUGAA